AAGCUGGUGCCCGCCACAGUCUGCUCAUUACGCGUCAACAUCCCUCUGACACUAAACUGUGUCACAAUGUCCGAUUUAGAAGAUCAUGGAGUGCACCAAGAGGAGGAAGAUGAGCAGGGAGAAGGAGGAGAACGACACAAGCACAAGCUGGUGGCAACACAACUCGCUCCACCAAAGAUCCCAGAGGGCGAAAGGGUGGACUUUGAUGAUAUCCACAGGAAGCGGAUGGAGAAAGAUCUUUUGGAGCUUCAAACCUUGAUUGACGUCCACUUUGAGCAGAGGAAAAAAGAAGAGGAGGAGCUCAUCGGGCUCAAGUCGAGGAUUGAGAGUCGCCGGGCAGAAAGAGCCGAGCAGCAGCGCGUGAGGGCGGAAAAAGAGCGUGACAGACAGACACGGAUCGCGGAGGAGAGGCAGAGGAAAGAGGAGGAAGAGGCCAAGAAGAGGGCGGAAGAUGAAGCCAAGAAGAAGAAAGUGCUGUCCAACAUGGGGGCUCACUUCGGAGGAUUCCUGGCCAAGGUGGAGCAGCGGCGGGGCAAGAAGCAAACGGCGAGGGAGAUCAAGAAGAAGACGCUGUCCGAGAGGAAGCAGCCGCUCGCCAUUGACGACCUGAGAGAGGACGCCCUCAGAAAACGAGCCGGAGAGAUGUGGGAGUGCAUCUACCAGCUGGAGUCAGAGAAAUUUGACCUCUCUGAGAAGAUGAAGAGUCAGAAGUAUGAGAUCACCGUCCUAUUGAAUAGAAUCCAACAUGCUCAGAAGUUCAAAAAGGGCCACGGGAAGGGGAAGGUUGGAGGACGCUGGAAGUGAGUCGACACCCUCAACUGUCAAAAAAAGAUGGUGGCGAUGGCACAUUUGCAUUGUCACACCACUUGGAAACAAACAUGAAUAAAUUGCUGCGU